AAAUCUUGCUAGCUGCAUCCUGACACCGGGAGCGACCACGACUCUGUUAACUAACCAGGACGGUCACCGUUUCAGAAUAUUUCACCUCAUGUUGCCUGUAACUAUUCAUUUUAACCCUCUGAAGUUAUCCGGGCCUGUCUCCCGACUGUAAAAGUUGUUGUUGUCAGAGUAAAGUGAACUUGCUGGGGUUGGGCGCCUGGAGCAGACCUCGUGCAGACUCCUCCCAUGAGUUGUCCUGGGAAACACUAACAACUGUUGAAGCCAGUCCUGCUCAACCCGAGAAGCACCGCCGACAUCCACCUCCACCUCACUGUACAAAACCUCUCACAGAAGGACACCCCGGACCAGCUGCAGACACUGCAACUUCACCCAUUAGCAGGAUUAUUAUGCGUCCAGAAGCUGCUGCUUCCUCUCUCUGAGCUUCAACUGCAAGAGUGUCCAGGGACAUGAAACUCAAUCCUCAGCAAGCUCCAUUGUAUGGCCAUUGUGUUAUCACAGUGCAGCUCGCUGAUGAAGAGCUGGCUGCGGAUGAGGAAGGCGUCGACUACUUCCUUCUGUUUGCUGGCAGCACACAGAGGCACCUGACCAGCACCCUAAGGAGCAGUCAUGACACCUUGGAGGCGCUGUGUCCCCCUCACGACUGCUGCGAGGUGGUGUUGGUCACCUUGUGCUCAGUCACACGAGGUAUCCCUGAGGCCUCAGAGGACCCAAAGUCCUGCCUGGGUCGUGUGGCACCAUUGGCCGAGCAUCGAUUCAGCUUUGUUCAGGAUUUGGCUUUUGACAUGGCCCAGUUUCUGGUGAGCACAGCGGGCCGGGUCGAUGGCCUCGACGGGGCACUGCUGCUGGAUGAGUGUCAGAUUCCCCUGCAGGAGUGUGAACGUCUGGACGAGAGCCUAGCGCUGGCCCUUCACCACCUUGUUCUGCCUUCAGGAUGGAGCUUACUGGGAAACAAACUAACCAACAGCACUGACCUGAAUCCUCAGGAGACUCUGCUGCAUUUUUCAGCACGUCGAGGUCUCUUUCGUGUUACGCAGUUCUUGUUGCAGCAGCCUGGAGCCAGAGAAGCCCUGCGAUUGUCCAACAGACAAGGCUACACUCCGUCUGCUGUCGCGGCAUUACGAGGACACAAAUGCCUCCAUGAGCUCCUUACAAAGGCUGAGGCGGACGCUGAGACGGACAAAGGGACUGAGACUGUUCAGCUGGUCUCUACGGACGCUCGGGUGUUUUGCCACCUUCCCAGACUGAACACGCACACUCUGACGCUGAACAUCCACCCUGGGCACGACACUCCGACCCUUCAGAACAGUGUGGAGCAGCUGUUGCACUUGAUACGCCAUCUCCAUGCCAAGGGACUUUCUGUACUGGAGCUGCAGUUUGAUUCUCUGCACACUGCUGCUGAAUGUUUUGAUGGUGUAGAAACGGAGCUAACCUGUCUGGAGCGACUCCAGCAGCCUGCUACAGCAUCACAGUACUUGGACACAACAACUGAAGGGAGCAGGGCAGAAAACUGCCCACUGGAAAACAGCAGCACUGUUGAAUGUGGGCCUGGUGAGAAUGGGAAUGCAGAGAAAGACAGAGGUUUGCCUGUGAGUACUCCAACAUCUGAAAUACGCCCCCAGGAGCAUGGCCUCGGACCCCCUGAGGACUGGGUGUGUCUUAGUUCAAACACUGAGGGAGAUCACUGCCAAGCAGAGGAGGAGGGAGAACGGACUGUUGUUUCCACCCAGAGUUUGAGUUUGUGUGGCAGGAGUGACGGAGCACCAAGUGAGGCCGAAGGGGAAAGCGUCACUGUGGGAAUCCUGCCACCAGCAGGUUGUGGUAAACAGGCAGAGGAAACUGAUAGAGGAGAGGCUGUGAUCCGGGAAGGACAGGAGGCCAAGAAGGGAGAGGACAGAUCUGAGCAGGAAACAGAGGACAGUACUGCCAGGAGCAGGGAGGAGGAAACCAACUCAGAGUCAACAGACCUCAAAACGACCAGUGAAGAUACGAAAGCUUCAGUCAUGGGUCAGUCGCCAUCGUCAGAUUGCUCCCAGGUUUCAGACACGUCUGAUUCUGAAAUGAAGGAAUGCUGCCAGGAAGAAGGGAAUGUCGAGAAGGAAGUAAUAAAAUUUCACCAAGAGCUCGGUGACGGACUCUUUCUAGAUGAAGACAAAAUACAGACUGAAGGGUUAACAGACCCUCUGUCAACUCCAAAGGACCUCCCCUACUCAUCGCUGAUAGAGUGUGGUGAUGUAAUCAAGGAACCUAAAUCUGCUGUUCCGUGUCUCCUGAUAGAAGGCCUCCAUGAGGGGGAACCUCCACCAGACAUAAACAGCCUAGAACAAAACCAGGAAACAGCUGGUAGGGAUUACGCUACAGAGCAGCAGUGGGGCUUGGCUACAGAAACUGGUUGUCAUUCUGGGAAUUGUACUGGAACGGUGAGUAGUAAAGAGCUGGAUGGUGAAGAUGUAGCUGAGCCUUCUGGAUACAGUAUUGAGAAUUUGCCUGUGGAUGAACCUGAAAAUGUACCUGAUUUUCAGACAGCUGGCAUCUCUGUAGAAGAAACACAGAGGGAAUCAUUUAACUGCGAACUGUCAUCCGAAAGGAUGCCGACUGAAAGACGCACAGAUAAUGAUUCAGGCAUGGCCCAUGGUCUCUCCAGUGAUGAUGAUGGUAGUUUCAGAUCAGUUGGAAGCUCUACAUCAGAAAUAUUUCAUCCCACUCAGGAUGGUGGCACAACGGAUGAUCAGGACUUGCUUCAAACCAAGGUAGCAGAACUGUCAUUGGGACUCAAGAUUGAAGAGACAAAUGAUCUAAAACCCAACGACGGCAAUGAACAUUCUGUAACUAUGGACGCAGGGCUCCCCUUGGAGCCUGGCACUGUUAGUGCACCAACAGUGAUGGAAUGCAACCAGGAUGGCACUGAUCCCGAAUCACAGCUGUCACCCAGCGUUCAGACAAUGGAGCCUUUGAAUCACGAGGGGGCAGAGAAACUGUCCUCAGAACUUUCCAAAGAGGAUGUGUCGUUAAAUUCAGUGUUGUUGGAGAGUGAGGACGCAACGGCAGUGGAGGUUGACGAAAGUAAAGCUGGAGAGAUCAACGGCUGUGACCUGAAUGUAGGAACUGAGCCUUCUGCGUCAGAAUUGGACAGUGGGGUCCUAUUUGAAUCUGGCGUAUUUGCCACAGAAGAGAGUAAAGCCAUUAGCCCAGUUGAAGAUGUUCAGCUGAAAGAGACCAGUGAUACAUCUGUGGUGGUAGAAGCAGAGGACAGUGAUAUUUGCGUGCAGUUUUUGGUACAGGAUAAUUCAGAAAUGACAGCAGAAGAGAUGUCACCUGAGAAUGAGAUCACUGUAGAUGGAAGUCUUUUGGAGGUAGAACCACCUUGUUCGAACAGUGAAGAAUCCACAGAACCUCAAAUUGAAAAUCAGAUGACUGAAAAUCCAGAGACUCAUGAUGCAGUGGAUGGAGGCUUGGAGAGCUGCAACAGUGCAGUCCAAGAGGUGGAUGUCAUCCAGUCUGAAGACACUGUAAAUGAAGAAAGAGAGGAAGAAAAUGGCCCAGCAGAGGGAACAGACAUCACCACGAUCCACCGAGACAGAGAGGCGUCUUUCCAUCAGCCCUGCAAUACUCAACACUCAGGAUCUCCACAGUCUUCAGCAUCUCCCAUUUUGCCCAGUAGAACCAGCAGCUGUCCCUCCUCAGCUCACAGAGACUCUGGCAGUGACAUAGAAAGCUUCCUGAACGCAGAGCCGGGCUAUGACAGCAUCUUCAGAAAGAAUGAUGAACCACUGACAGGAGGCGACAGCGCCAGCGAGGUUUCUGUAUCCUGCUCUUCCACAGACGACACUGCCAGCGUGGGCCCGUCCAGUUCUAGUCCUGAAGACAGCCAGGGCCUCGGCUGCAGCUGGAGCCCAGAGGAGGGCAUCCAGACUGGAGCUACUGUCACUGCAGGACUGGAUGGUGGAGGUGGAGGAGGAGGAGAAGCUGAAGAAGAGGCCAAAGACAGAGUGACGGAGGUGCCUCGGCGUUCCUCGCUCUUCCGAAACAGCAUCCGCUCCCUGUCGCCUCUUCGCCGCCACAGCUGGGGUCCUGGAAAGAACAACGGAGGAGACGCAGAGAUGAACCAGAGGAGUUCCAUUCGUAGCCCUGGUGAGGGGAAGCCGGCCUUUCACAGGAGAAGCUACAGCCUAGAGGGGCUCAGUGGGGGCCAAGAAGAGCUGAGAGCCCCCACAACCCAGGGGCCUCGUAUCGUGGAGCCUUUAAGGAUGCCCCGGCAUGACAGUGAUGACAGGGGCUCCCUGGUUUCCCUGACAGAAGAACAGGAGGAAAGAGGGGAGCAGGGCAGACUAUAUGACCCGAAAUCAAGGCCAUAUCGGCCUCUUCGAAACAGCUGUCCUCCCAUGAGCCUGCCCCUCACCAAGUCUGUAUCCAUGCUAGCUAUCAGCCAGAGAGACAUCGAUGGUAUGAGGUCGUUUUCUAGCACCUCUGGGUCACUAGCAUACAGUAUUUCAGAGGAGGAGCCUGGGCCUCUGCGGAGCGACACUGAAGGAAAAAGCGUGACAAAAGUCAGCCGGACCUUCAGCUACCUCAAGAACAAGAUGUACAAAAAGACCAGGGAAAAGGAGCGAGAGAAAAAGGAGAAAGACAAGGAAGGCAAGGAGAAGGACAAGAAGACUGUGAACGGUCAUCUUUUUGCACCAGUCAGCUCAAAUCAGGCUGCCCAGUGCUCCCAGUGCAAUAAGUCUUUUAACAACAAGGAAGCUUUCUAUUGCACAUACUGCAAUGCUUCCGUCCACAAGGGCUGCAGGGACAGUCUGCCUGUUUGUGCCAAGGUGAAGAUGAAGUUGCCCAAACAGCAGUUUGCAGUUCCAGAUUCAAGCUCUUUUCCUACAGUCACAAUGAGGAACAAAUCUGGUGGGACGAGGGAACGUCCCUGGUCGGCCAUCUUGUCACCUGAAGACCCUUCAUCCCUGAUAAUGUCAUCAUCACGGAGACAUACCAGCAUUAUGACUUUCCAUGGAAACAACCUCUCAAAGAGUCUGUCAAUAAGCAACAUCGCUGGCCCGGUGUUUGAUGAGAUGCCCAUUAAAGGCCUGCGGUAUCUCUCUCAGUCCACCGACUCCCUCAACAGAACCAACCAAGUUACAGAAUCCAUGGAAUCACUCACUGAUGAAGGAACAGAGAUGAUGGACGGGCAGCUGAUGGGAGAGUUUGAGGCAGAUUCGAAAGAGCUGGAGGCCGACUCGUGGAGUUUAGGUGUGGAGCAGCAGUGCCUGCAGCAGCUGAACAAAGAGCUGGUAAAGAGGCAAGAUGUCAUCUAUGAGCUGAUGCAGACAGAGAUGCAUCACAUCCGGACGUUGCGUAUCAUGUCAGAAGUGUACAGCAAAGGCCUGCAGAAGGAGGUGCAAAUGGAGCCGCAGACAGUGGAGAAGCUGUUCCCUGCUCUGGAUGAACUCCUGGAUCUCCACACGCAGCACCUCCUGCGCCUCCUGGAGAGAAAGAGGGAGAGCCAGCUUGAGGGGGGUGUCUUAGACGGAGGAUUCAUCAUCAGCAGGAUUGGAGACAUCCUGGUCAGCCAGUUCUCAGGAUCCAACGGUGAAAGUAUGAAGAGGGUUUAUGGAAGAUUCUGCAGCCGCCACAACGAAGCUGUCAACUUCUAUAAGGACCUCCUGACCAAAGACAAACGCUUCAAAGCCUUUAUCAAAAAAAAGAUGAGUAGCAGCAUUGUGCGGAGGCUUGGUAUCCCAGAAUGCAUCCUGCUUGUGACCCAGAGGAUAACAAAGUACCCUGUGCUGAUUCAAAGAAUGCUGCAACACACAAAAGAGAACGAGGAAGACUACGAUGACCUGACCGAGGCGGUUCGGCUCAUGAAGGAGGUGAUCGCAGCGGUUGAUAGCAAGGUGAACGAGCAUGAAAAAAGACGGCGUUUGAAGGAAUUCCACAGCCGCAUGGACAGUAAAUCCAUCAUGAUGAUGAAGAGUGGUCAGAUUUUUGCCAGGGAGGACCUGCUGAGGAGGAGGCUGAUCCAUGAUGGAGCGCUGCAGCUGAAGAACAUGCAGGGUAGACUAAAGGAGGUCCAUGCUCUGCUCCUGUCGGAUGUCUUUGUCUUCCUCCAAGAAAAAGACCAGAAAUAUGUGUAUGCCAUGCUGGACCAGCGCUCCACGGUCAUCUCCCUCCAGAAGCUGAUUGUCAGGGAGGUCGCGAACGAAGAGCGCGGCCUCUUCCUCAUCACCGCAGGCAUAGAAAAGCCGGAGAUGAUGGAGGUUCUGGCCAACUCGAAGGACGAACGCAACACCUGGAUGCAGCUAAUACAGGAAGCCAUGCAGUCCAUAGAGAAGGAUGAGGAUGAAGGGAUUCCCAGUGAGACAGAAGAUGACAAGAGACAACUAGAGACUAAAGCCAAAGAGAUGAGAGAUCUGUUGCGGCAGAAGGAUACAGAGAUCAUGUCUCUGCUGGAGGAGAAGGUGCGACUCUUCAGAGGGAUGUGGGAGGGCCUGAACGCAGGCGAGGAGGCCUGCCGGCAGGUCGAGCCUUUCUUUCGGUCCGCCUGCAGCCUGGAACCACCCAGGGGGGCAUCCAUCAUGAAAGAUGCCCUGCAGGAAGUGGAGACGUUACAGGCACUGGUGAACGGCAGUCUGGGAGGGGCGAUGGCCAGCGUCCAGGAGGGAGCAGGCGCAGGGCCGGUGUGUUUGCCCCGUCGGGCUGAAACCUUUGGGGGCUUCGACAGUCACCAGAUGCACAGCAGUAAGAGUGGAGACAGAGACGAGAGCGAGGAUAUGGCAGGAGAUCUGCGCAGAACGGAGUCCGACAGUGUUUUAAAGAAGGGAGGAAACGCCAACCUGCUGCUGCUGCUGAAGAGGAACAGUGAGCAGGUCCUCCACAGUGUCUCCAACCUGCACCUCCUGCUCAGCACUCUGCAGGCGGUGGUAGUCCAACAGGACAGUUUCAUAGAGGACCAGCGGCAGGCCCUGAGCGAGCGCUCCUCCUCCUGUACGUCUUUAUCGCGGCCGUCCUCACGGCCCAGCUCGCUGAUCGAGCAAGAGAAGCAGCGCAGCCUGGAGAAGCACCGGCAGGAGUUGGCAUCCCUGCAGAGGCAACAGGCAGCUCAUGCUGAGGAGAAGAGGAGAAGGGAGAAGGAUUGGGAGAUCAGGGAACAUCAUCUCACUGAAAGAGAGGCUCUGGUGCACGUACAGGAGGAGGAGAUGCUGAAGCAGCACAGAGAGCUGGAGGAGGAGAAGCAGGAGCUGCAGAACAGGAAGGAGGAGUACCAGAAAGACCUGGAGAGGCUGAGAGACGCCCAGAGGAAGCUGGAGAGGGACAGGGAGGCUGUGCAGCGACAGCUCGACAAGAUGGAGGAGGUCCGGGUGUCUGAGAGGACUCCCUCUUCAACGUCUGAUGAGUUCCCCGGCAGCUCCCACUCUCUGGAGCUGGACCCGCUGGAGCUCUCCUCCUCCUUGCCCAGGCAGCAGCCCCAGCGGACCAAGGCCAAAGGGAAAGGCCUCAAUCCCUUCACCUCAUCCUCCACUAACCUCAAGGGCAGCGAAGCCAACAACCAGAUCUCAAAGAGCCUCCUACAGCUGGCCAAGAACAAGAGCAAAGACGGGAAGGAGAAGAAGAAGAAGAAGGGCAAAGGGGGGAGCGCACAGUCAGCAGACCCCCAGCACCUCCCAGAGCCUUCUCUGGACGGAGAGAUCUUCUUCUGCUAAGAGAAGUGGCUGCCCUCCUCAUCCUCCUCCUCUUCAUCAUCAUCCUGAACCCAUCAUGCCAUUCUUACACCCAGAGGAAUGUGUUACUGCCAAACACAUCCCUCUACGUACUGUACAGUAUGUAACACUGCAGUUUACUGCCCGGCCCGGCCCACCUUGAAAAGGCUUUUAGUGGAUUUUCCGUAUCAUAAUGUAGAACAAUUUAACAGUACACACAAGAAGAAGCGGAAAAAUGUGUUUUCUUGUAUUUAAAGUCCACAGCUUUGAGUUGUUGGAAAAUAGAAUGUUUUAGGGAUUCUGUCAUGGUGUGCAUGUAGGCAUUCAUCCAUACACUUGCAGUACAUAAAAAUAGGGGGUGUGGAUUAGCUGUGCACUUUUGGGUAUUCUCUGUCCAAAAAGCCUCUUUCCUUUUCCAGAGAAACGGUCAGAAUUUCUUCAUUUUGAAGAAUCACACAUUUUUGACAGCUCAGUAUCACACUGAAAGCAUUUCACAGUGAAUUGCCUCUCGAGCUCGACUGCGGCUUCACUGCCUCUCUGUCUGCAUGUCUGUUAGGGUCGACUUUUUUCAACGGUCCGUCCUGGCAUCAAGUCCCACACCAGCAGGCUGUUAUGUUCAUUUACAGAAUCAGAGCCCUUUCCAUGUGACUUCAACCGCACAUACAAGCCGUGUCCAAAUGCCACUCAGAAACACACAUGAAAGUCAGCGGGCUCCAUGUGGCACUGCAAACUCCUCACGCUUAGUCAUAUUCAUUGACAGUUAAUUGAAAACUGAAGCCACAGAAGGAAAUAUGUGUCCAAGCAACAUUUCUUCAUCCAAAAAGCCCAGUGCUGGUUCCAGUGUUUCACUCUGAGAUGCUUCCACAAUGAAAGGAAAUUGCAGGCUGACAUUUCUGUACUCUGAUGUGACUGCAUCCAUUCAUUUUUUUCCUCCAGUUUGUCAGCAUAAUGCAACUGGCACAUGAUAACUGAAGUAAUCCUCAACGAUGACUUCAAGCCAUCAAUCACGUUGCUUGACGAGGUUUUAAUUUAUUUGAAUUACGGAUAUCUCCAUUUUGGAGUGAAACUCUUCAGAUGAGCGUUUGUAUUUUUUUUUUAGGCUCAACAGUAAUGAACGGAUUGAGACAUAUCUUCCUGUGUCUAAUGGCUCAAUUCAUAUCCUUUAGUGUGUUUUAGAGCCUUGGAUGGAUAUUAGCUUGAUCCUCGCUUUAUCUGCCUGUCAAUGGGCUUUUAUGCAGCCCUCAUCUUUCAUCUGAAAGCAGACAAGCGGGGCUUUCCUUCGUUUUUUAAUUGCAUGUAACUCUGCAGGUAGCAUGCUAAUGGCUUCUGUCUGUUAAAGAGUUCAACUUUCUAUAUCCCCGUCUUUCAGUUCUGAUAAUGGACUCGGUAGACGCACACGGCUGAUGGUUUUAGGAAAUGGAGGCGGUUAAUUUAGAUACAAAGCAGCUGGUUAGGAAAAAUGGCAAAGGACAUGAACUAAAACAUGUUAUGAGUCUCUUUUUAAUGACUAGACCUGAGUCUCUGAUCAUUUCACAUUAAUCAGCACUCAUCAGUGUUGUGAAGCACUUUGGUCCUAAAAUGUUCAUACAUUAUUUUUGUCAGUGUAAGAUAUCAAUCGAGGAGAUCUUUGUAUUUGGUGGAAUUUUUUUAAUCGAGGGCAACAAUGAUGAUCCAAAGACAGCUAAUGUGUUGGAAGUAGAUAAAAGGUGCUGCGGUUCAACGUUAAUGAAGGGGCUGGUAGCUUUCGUAGAGUGUUUCCAAGGUGAUCUGUUGUAAUGUUUAAGCCUGUGUUUUAUACCCACUAAGGCCACACUGUGGGCCUCACAACUACCUGCUGGACAGGUAGGAAGAAGAAAGAGAAGAAGUUAAAGAAGAAUCCUUAACCCGUGAAGAGCAGCGACACUGAACUGCUUCCUUGCUGCCUCUUUUGUCUCGCGUUGAAGUGCUUGUUUGUUAACUCGCCGUCUGUGUUGAGGAUUUGACUUCAUGUCCAGGCUGGUUUAUUAUAGUGUGUCUUGUAAGAGGCUUACGGGGCCUGCCAAUUAGUUGCUUCAUGUCUUUUGUUUAUGGCUUUGGUGUAAUCCUGUCAAAGAAACAGAGAGGAAUGGGAUUUUUUUCCUCUGUCGCUUUAGGUGUGUUUUGACCACUAGGGAGCACUGCACCUAUAACUAAAUAAAUUCACUCCCUCACACAAGGACAACCACAAAGUAUGGAACUGUUUCUUUCUCUCUUUUUUUUCCCCAUGUUCUCUCCCCGCUGUGAGAAAUUGACAUAUUUUUCUCAGCAGGUCAUUGCCGUACAGAGAUAAUGUGAUGAGCGUGGGCUCUCACACUCGGUGACAUUUUCCCCACGGCAUUUGUAAUUGACUGCAGAAACAAAUAAGUUGUCAGAGAUUGUAAUUGGUUAUUCAGUGGAACCAGUCAGCAGCAGCUUUAAUGUGGGGGGAAUAAAAGGUUGGAGGGAGCGACCAGCAGAACCACAAACCUGUCUCUGUAAGGGACAAUCAGCAGACGCAAGUCGGGAAAAUGAUGAUGAUAAACCUGUCUGUAAGAGACGAGUGUGUCCAUCAGGUGAACCCUGCGUAGCCUUAAAUCUUAAUGAUAAAAUGCACUAGAGUAGAACCCAGCGUCUUCUCAGGAGAGAGAGGAGAGCUUCUAUACCUCUGCUUUGAAACGAAGGAAAUGUUUGUACUAUACAAAUGGUACACAGAUGUUUCAUUCUCAGCAAUGUAAAAAAGGGCAAAUGUGUAAAUAUGAUUUAUGUAUAAAACAAAUCAAAUGUAAAAAAUGAAUUGUUUGAUUUGUGAUUUAUUGCAGCAUUUUGUAAGAAUGUUUUAUUUAUGUUUUAUUCUCACCACCGGGUGAUGAACAAUGUAAAGGCAUAUUUCUCUCAUAAUAAAAAAAGAUCUUAAUAUAUGCAUGA